GGGGAGCUCCAAGGGACAUGGGACAGGGGACAGAGGCUGUGGAGAGCACUGGGGCAGGGCAGUGCCACCACUGGGGCCAGUGUCCUGUCCCUGGGCCCUGCCUUUCCUGCCCCUCUGUCCCAGCCACCCUCUCCCUGCUACCCAACCCCACUGAGCCCCUUCUCUCCCUCCUCCUCCUCCUCCAGGCCAUGGCUGGAAAGCUCACCAAAAUCCUGCUGGUGCUGGCCAUCCUCCAGCACGGGCUGAGGGCACAUGCCCAGGCAGCGCAGACCAAGGCAGAGGUCCUGAGGCAGCAUGAGGAACAGCACAGCCGGAUGACUUGGCUGGCCAUGGCUAGAAGCAUCACCAAAGUCCUGAUGGCAGCAGGCAUCUUCCAAUAUGCACUGAGUGUGGAUCUCCCAGUAGUGAAGGUCACAGAAGAGCUCCUGAGGCAGCAUGAGGAGCAGCGCAGCCAGGAGAUGGCCAAUCUGCAGAAGAUGGAGCAGAGGAUGCAGGAGCAGAGCAGACCCACCCAGGAAAGCGUGCUCCACUCAGCCUGCCUGCAGUGGUGGCUCUGGAACUGUGUGGAAAUUAUCCUCCUGCUCUUUGGGAUAUACUGGCUGCCCACUAGGAAGAGUGCUAGUUAUGGCAGUGGCAGCCAGGAGAAAGCCACCUGCAGUGCCCAGGAGCAGAUGGAGAACUAGGAGGACAAGCCCAUGGAUAAGAUGCAACCUACCCCCAGAAACUGCCAGCUGCUCCGGCUGCCAUCCCUUAUUCUUCAAGCCUACAGGACAAGAGAGGAAAAAAUAAACUAAUUGAGUCAGUGGCACUUCACAGCACAAUUUCCUGGCUCCUGUACCACCCCUUCUGCCCUGUGAUCAGAGCACCUGCUUGUCGUCUGCUUGGAACUCCUUGGGAGAAGAAAAGCC